AUGGCCACCGUGAAUCAUCUUUUACCUACACCUCUCGAGUUUUACGCUGAACUGCAAAAAACUGCUGAUCUAGCCGAGAACAGGCGACGUAUAAGAUUCCUAGCUGUAAGGACAUUGCAGCGUAUGACACGCGGAUACUUAACCAGGAAACAUAUUGCAUGGUUAACAAAGAACGCGAAGAUUAUACAAUGUGCGUUUAGAAUGCAUAUGGCACGUAAAGCAUACCGAGCAGCUUUGAGGAGAGCAGUAAGGCAUAAGCAUUAUAGGUACUACGCUCGAGCGGCGACAAGAAUACAGGCUUUAUGGCGCGGUCACUAUUCAAGACGUACCAAGUUCUGUUACCGUUCGUAUAGGAGAUGGCUUGCGACAGUUAAAGAGCGUGGGGAGAGAUGUGCUGCUGAAGCAGCGGAAUUUGGUAUACGAAGCCGAGCAGAUGACCUCCGCAUUUUAGAAGAAGAGGCAAGACAGUGGCUUGCAUUUGUUGUUUUCAAACUGCAUCAUCUACUGAGAACUUAUGUGUGUGCCGGUGUUUACUCUCAGCCUGCAACUACAGAGCUCUCAGAGUUCGAGAAACUUAUUAAAUCUAUCCAUUACACGGAGUACAUGAAACGACUCAAGCGGAAAUACAACGAAUUCGUCAGGAAAUUUCGUCCGAAAUUUGCUAAUAAAAUGCUAUUUCCCAUUAUCGGUGACGGUGCUGACUAUUGGUAUCUAUCAUUGCCAGAAAUGUAUGAACUAACUGCACCUGUUCAUAAAAAAGAAGAUAAGCGGCAUCUGGCUACACAUCACGGUCCUUUGCACAAGAAGCCGUUUAUAUGGAAGAAGGUGCGACCGCCAUCAGUGUGUGAGAAAAGAGGGCCAUUUACAAUAGGUACGAACACGUCUGCUACAACAAUGAGGAAGACGCCACCACCUCCAGCGCCCACUCCAUGUGGCGAUUCAAAACCUUCCAAGGACCCACGCUUUCAUCUAUAUCUUAAAUAUUACAUCCCACAGCCUGAUCUUUUCGAAUAUGUGGACUUCCACAUUAAUGUAUUGUUAACUAGAAAGUGCUCCAUUCAAAAUACGAGUAUAAACAAUGAGCUGUGAUUAUUUUUGAAACCCACGAAUUGCUUGUUAAUUUUUUGUAAA